AUGAAGUUCCACACUGGAAAGAAGCUGCGCACAUGUGAUCAAUGUGGGAAGAGUUUCACAAAAAGAAGAGGCCUUAAUGUACACAUGAGAAUCCACACUGGGAUGAAUCUGCACACAUGUGAUCAGUGUGGGAAGGGUUUCACAAAAAAAAGAAGCCUUAAUGUACACAUGAGUAUCCACACAGGAGAGAAGCCGUACAAAUCAUCAUCCCUGAAGCGCCACCUGAACGUUCAUUCAAAGGAAAAGCCUCACGUGUGCUCUUUGUGUGGAAAGAGUUUUAGUGAGCUGGGAAGCCUGAAGGUACACCAGAUGAUUCACACUGGAGUGAAACUUUACAAGUGUUCACACUGCGACAAGAGAUUCAGAAGGUUCACAAAUCUGAAAAGACAUGAGAGGAUCCACACUGGAGAGAAACCUUACAAGUGUUCACACUGUGACAAAACUUUCAUUCACUCAGGAAGCCUGAAGGUACACCAGAUGAUUCACACUGGAGUGAAACUUUACAAGUGUUCACACUGCGACAAGAGAUUCAGAAUGUUCGCAAAUCUGAAAAGACAUGAGAGGAUCCACACUGGAGAGAAACCUUUCAAGUGUUCACACUGUGACAAAACUUUCAUUCAGUCAGGAAACCUAAAGAUACACGAGAGGAUCCACACUGGAGAGAAACCUUACAAGUGUUCACACUGUGACAAGAGUUUCAGUCAGUCAGGAAUCAUGAAGGCACACCAGAUGAUUCACACUGGAGAGAAACCUUACAAGUGUUCACACUGUGACAAGAGUUUCAUUCAGUCAGGAAGCCUGAAGUUACACCAGAUGAUUCACACUGGAGUGAAACUUUACAAGUGUUCACACUGCGACAAGAGAUUCAGAAGGUUCACAAAUCUGAAAAGACAUGAGAGGAUCCACACUGGAGAAGUGUUCACACUGUGA